GUAGCUUUUUUUUUGGACGCAGUGCUCCUGCGCCACUGACAUUGCGAGUGGCGUUUUCAGUGGCGUUAUAUGAAAAAAUGAAGAUGCUGAUAAUCAUCGGAAUAUUUAUAGUUGGAAUAGUUUAUCAUGUCGAGUGCCAAUCUUCGCUCAGCCUUCCAGAACCUCUCUUUUCUCGUGGCUGCAGGGCACAGAGGGGGCAGUUCGCUCACGAGACCUACUGCUGGCAGUACUACAACUGCUGGGACGGAAGGGCGACCAUCGAAGAAUGCCCGGGCAGAUUGCACUUCAACCAGGUCAUUGGCCAAUGUGACUACGCCGAGCAGGUCAACUGCGGUAACCGCCUCAGAAACCCAGAUCCAUCCGUAACUGCAGACGGUCGCUGCUUGAAGCAGUUUGGAAUUUUCCCGGAUCAGACUGAUUGCACAGCGUUCUACGAGUGUUCCUUCGGGAGAGCCUAUCGACAGGUGUGCCCCUAUUACACCGCGUUCGAUGAAAGGUUCUCCGUGUGCGUCCACGCUCACGAAGUGGACUGCGGAGGUCGCGGGGGCAUCUAUGGAACGCUCUCCCCUCCCCUCUAUGGCAACGAUGUGGGAGGAAACUUGCCGUUGAUAAAUCUGCCUGGAUCGGGUCCGGCCGCUUCUGAUCUAGAAAGGCAGUAUGAAAAACCAAUCUCACCAGAGGCUACUUUCCGGUGCCCUCAACCUCGUGGUUUGUACCCGAGUGCCGUGGAUUGCAGUCGGUUCUGGCUUUGCAGGGAGUACAAGCCUUCUCUACUCAAAUGUCCGACGGGACAACUCUUCGACUUGGCUUCUCUAAGUUGCACUUAUCCGGAAAAAGCGCAAUGUUCCUCUUUGAUUCCAAGGACGUGAUGUCAUUGCUAUCCUGCUUGUGAUUAUGACUAGUUCCAGAUUCAGUCUUUUGGUGUUU